AUGAUCGACAAUCCAACCAGGGAACCGACCACGCUUGAGGAGACGUCUCCUUUAUCGUAUCCUGCUCUAGGCGAACCCGGCCCGUCGACCGUUGUUGCGCUGCAGCCACCGCAAAGACCACUGUUGAAAGACAGAAUAUACGUCGGAAAUUUGCACCCUUCGGUUGACGAAUACUGUCUCAUCCAAGUCUUUUCGAAGUUCGGCAAGAUCUCAAAGCUCGACUUCCUCUUUCAUAAGAGCGGGCCGCUGAAGGGCAAACCACGCGGGUACGCGUUCGUGCAGUACGCGAGCACAGAGGAUGCCGCGAAGGCCCUCGAGAGGGCGAACGACAAGAUGCUCCGUGGCCGCAAGAUUACAGUGACGUACGCACAGCAAGCAUCCCUCGAUGACGUCUCUGGGUAUGGGUACUCCUCGGGAGUCGGCGGAAACAAGUAUCGUAAGGGCAUGAUGGACAUGAAUAAGCCAACGACCUUGAGCCUCUUAAAGGGCGCAGAAAGCGGGAAGAAACAAGGGAUGUCGAACAAGAUCGCAAAGAUGGAAGCGAAACUGCGAGAGCUGCAAGCGUCGUCGUCGCCAUCGUCGUCGACCCCGCCACCACCAUCUAUGACACCACAUCCUUCUCUGCCCAGUAAACCGACUUUCGAUCCGGACGCAUACUCCACCUUGUCCGUUGCGUUUCAAAGCAGCGUGCCUGCCUCUGUACCGCCUUUGACGCCAGCUGUCGGGCGGAGUAGUACAGGAACGCCUUCCACCUCGGCUGCGCAACAGGGUACCGUUAAGGCUACGUCUGGCCUGGGGACGAUGGCCCCGCAUAAUUUGAAGGCGCUCCCAUCCAUCCAGUACAUACAGAACCUUGCGAACAAUGUGAAGGUCUAUCGUCGCCAAUGCCAAUACCUGUCACGUCGAUGCGGUAACCUUCUUACAUCCUUGAACGAUAAUCUCGCCGGGAUGGAAGGUAGCCGAGCGCAAGAGGCAGCUGACGGAGCUAUGAUUGUCAUUGAGAGGGUGAAACGGAGGACGGCGGAAUGGGCUAGCUGGAACCUGAUGAACAGUGUGGUCAAGCAGAACAGAAUUAAGCAGGGUAUUGAUGACUGCCAGAGGGAAAUCGACCACUGUUUGGAGCAAUUCAGCUUGGAGGUCAGUCUCAUCAGCGUGGAAUCACAGCAUCGUCUUCGAGAAGAGCGGCGCCGGGAUCAAAAUGAACUGCUCGAGAACCUUCAGACAAUUCUCCAGAACACGCAGCAUCUGGACCACAUCGUCCGUGACCCCAACGACACAGAGAGCAUCAUGCGAACCAUCCAGGAGGGGCUGGACUCCAGAAACUUAGAACGCUUGGAUGAGAGCAGACUUCAGCAAGCAUUGCAUAUGCUUCACGAGAAAACUUCCAGGCUUCCUCCACUGGCAGACCUCACUUCCCAGAUACAGAAGACGUCAACUCAGGUUGUCGAUUACGGUGCCUUCAAUGAUGUAUAUACAGGACUCUGGCUCGGGCAGGAGAAGGUAGCGUUGAAACUUCCGAAAGUCCUUGACCGUUCUUCCAAUUCCGCACAAAGAAAAUUCCUGCGCGAGGUCGAGAUAUGGCGCAAUCUCAGUCAUCCCAACAUCCUCCGAUUCUAUGGUAUAUUCCGCGAAGGCGAUUGCCUUUACUCCGUCAGCCCAUGGACGGACGAUGGCAAUGCUUCAGCAUACAUAUGCAGACAUCCUAAGGUAGAUCGGCUUAAAUUGUUACGCGACGUGGUCCGAGGAAUGGAGUAUUUGCACCUCCAGAAUAUCGUUCACGGCGAUCUUCGAGGGGCCAAUGUGUUAAUAUUGGUUACCGCCGAUGGACCAACGGCUGUUCUGUCCGACUUCGGUUUGUCGAAAAUUGUUGCAGAGGUAGGACAGAGGCUGAAUGCAUCAAGCGCGCCUGGUUUGACAAAUUACCGAUGGCUCGCUCCGGAGCUGAUGCUGAGGCGUCAUGGACACGCUGAGAUAUACCUCACUACGUCCACCGAUGUCUAUAGCUUUGCGAUGACUUGUCUCGAGCUCAUUGUGGGGCACAUGCCGUUCCUUAACCUCACGGAUCCCGAGGUAGUGAUCAGAGUGGCGGUAGAACACGAACGACCGGAACGUCCCCAAGACGUUCAGCUGCCUGAUGAGAUGUGGCAGCUGAUCCAGGACUGUUGGGAUGAUAAUCCUGAAUUCAGGCCAGAUAUGACCACCAUUCGAGAGCGUAUCAGGGGUAUACAUGACAGAUUCAUAGCUGACCGACAUGUAGCGCAGACUGCGGACCUCACGCGGCACUUGGAACUGCCCUCCAGCCACGAUCGCGCACAAGAGAUUUCGGGCACAAGCAGUACUUCAGGCACUAUCGUGGACCUUGACCCAAGCAGCCCGCUACCCAAAAUCACCUCUCCGGGAGAGAUCCGGUUGACGCCUGACGGUCGAGGGGUGGAACGAGGUACUCUGAACGCUCUCGUCGCGAAGCUGGUGUACGACCACAGAGAUGAAGCAUAUUCACGUAUCUUUUUGACGAUGUACCCGAGUUUCACAACUUCUGCCAAGUUGUUCAACAUCUUGCAGGGGCACUUCCGGGGCGCCGGAGACCAGACUUCUCUCCCGAUGGAAAUGGUGCACCAGGGGGUCACAAAUGUGCUGUAUAGAUGGAUCAAUUCGUACUACGUAGACAGCGAUGCGGAUUUGCUGCCGCAAAUCCAAGAGUUCGCCUAUGAGAUGAGGGCAGCAUCUGCCUCUGAGCAAGUGAUGGAGGAGCUGAUCUCGUCCAUCCAUAAGAGGAUUACCAUCAUGCAACAAGUCCGGCUCAGCCAUCUAAAGCCGCUUUCCGGAGCUAGACCGCCCACGUCAGACUUGGCCAUUGCGUUGACCGUUCUCGAAGGGCAUCGAUUCGCGCGUCUCACCCCAGGUGCAUGCAUCGCCUACCUUCAGAGAAUCCGCGGUCGCGAACCUGUGGACGAAGCUCUCGACACGCACCAUAGGAUCCAUGUAUGGUGUCAGCAGGAGAUAUUGAUGCAUACUGUCGAUGAUUGUCCGAGAGUUUACGCCGAGUUUGUGAAGACUGCCGACGAUUGCUUGAAACUUGGCAAUUUUUCAGCGAUGAUGGCAAUUGGCAGGGCCUUAGAUUCCGCCGCGGUCAUGGCUGUUCCUGGAAUACGCGAUCAGAUUUUCAAAAAGAAUAGGUAUAAAGCCCAGCGACCAUUCCUACAGCAACUUCUUGGCCUCAUUGAUCCGAAAGGCGAGCAUGCAGCUUAUCAUGAUUCCGUUCGGAGUGCCAAAUAUUGCAUACCGUGGCUGGAGAUGCAUCUUCAGAGGGUCUCCAUCGGCGCUCCAUCUUUGCCUCCAGUAGAACUCGAUGAUGCUGGCUCGCUAAUCGAGUUUGCUGCACUUCAGGAGCGAGCUGACCAAGUCUUAGAGAUCUUGAGCUACAAACCCGUUGACCUUUCCCAAGUCCGGGACAAAAUCGAAGACAUUUUAGCCUUUGUCGAGGACCAUUUACAGGCAACGCCCUCGGAUCCCAGCCAUAUCGAGCACCUUAGCCGCGAAGCGCGUGGUCCCCCCAGACGUCCAUCCAUCGUUGAUAGAAUUCGGGAAUCAUUCGAUGCACCCCCUGGUGCAGAGAAACGCUUGCCUCCAUCAUGA